CUCUGAGAAGCAGUGAACUCAGGACCUCUCUAACUAUACUGGGGAUUAAAACAAGGUGAGCCAGCCAUGACGGGCAAAACACAGACCAGCAAUGUUACCAAUAAGAAUGACCCCAAGUCCAUCAACUCAAGGGUUUUCAUCGGCAAUUUAAAUACAGCCAUUGUCAAAAAAGUGGACAUUGAAGCUAUUUUUUCCAAGUACGGGAAAAUCGUUGGCUGCUCCGUUCACAAAGGGUAUGCUUUCGUCCAGUACAUGAGUGAGCGCCAUGCAAGAGCUGCGGUGGCUGGAGAAAAUGCCAGGGUCAUCGCAGGCCAGCCUCUUGGAAUGAAUAAUUAACCAUGUGGCAUCGAUGGAAUGCAAAGAGAGUGUUGAAUGAGUUGGAGUAGGUGAAGAAAUCUUCAGUUUCCUAGAAAGAAGAUUCCUAAUAAAC